AUGCGCUCAUUCUCCCUUGCGGCCGUGACUGCUCUCGCCGCCUUCGCAGUCGCCACCCCCCUCAAGGUCGAUCUUGGGGUCGCCACCGUGAACGUUAAUAACCUCGCCCGUGACGCCGGCACUGGCCCCAAGGCUGUCGAGCGCCAGCUCGCCGAGCCUGGCCCCCCUGUCGUUGGCAACGUGGACUGGGACGCUCUCUUCAAGGAGAUGCAGCACCAGCUCAACGGUGUCGCCGGCAUCACCGCUGAAGACGCCAAUGUCGCCAUCAAAGCCAUGAUGGACAUCAUGCAGGGUAAAAACAUCCCCGCUGCCACUCUCAAGCUUUUCUCGCUCCCGGCCGAUUUCCUCAUUCGUAUUCCCACUCUCAUGAAGCCCGUCAUCAUUGCCGGCACCAUGGGCAUGCCCGGAGCCAACAACUUGAUCUUCCUCAUCUUCGAGAUGCUCCCCAGCCUUGGCCGCGGCAUCGACCUCGACUCCGGCGAGACCGGCGCCACUGGCGGCCAGUCGGGCGGCCUCGGCGGCCUUUUCGGUGGCACGACCGGCCGCCCGACCGUUGGCACGACCGGCGGCACGACCGGCGGCACGACUGUUGGCACAACCGUUGGCACGACCGGCGGCACGACUGGCGGCACAACUGUUUCAACUGGUGGCUCCCCUGAUCUUGGCAGCCUCGACUCUCUCGGCCUCCCUGCCCAGGUCGUUGAGCUUAUUCGCCGCAUCCUCGUCUCUCUCGCAACCGGCACUCCGAUCUCGCCUGAAGACGCUGCGGCCUUCCAGGGUCUCGACCAGUCAGUUAUCGACCAGGUGCUGGACUCUCUUCCCGACACCCUCUCGAACGCUCUCGGCACUUCGCUCCUCGGUGGUUCCCACGGCACUAUUGGCGGUCCUCUGCUGUAA